CUUUAAUUUUGAUUUUGUGGUUGCAAAAUGGGAGAAUUUUUGGAACUCCAAUUCACCCCCCUUCUUGGCGUACAUUGAGUCAACAAUUGGUAUCAAAGCAAGGGCUCCAAUUUGAAGGUUUAAAGACCUAAGAGUUGAUUGGGCAUGGCUCAAUUUCAAGCUUUUCAACCACUUGAAGGUUUGUCUACCACUUGAAGGUUUGUCUACCACUAAGCCUCCUUUCUUUGAUGGUACUAAUUAUAAUUAUUGAAAGAAUAGGAUGAAGGUCUUCAUGCUUGCAAAUGUGCCCAAGGCAUUUAUUAUGACUUUAAAAGGUCCAUAUGUGCCUAUGAAAGUUGUUGGAGAAAGUGAGAUGCCAAAGGAAGAAGUUGAAUGGAAUGAUGAAGACUUGGGGAAGAUCAGGAUCAACAACAAAGUAAUCAACAUGCUUCAAUGUGCUCUCAAUCCAACGGAAUUCCAUAGAGUAUUCAGAUGUGAUAUGGUUAAGGAGAUGUGGGACAUGUUAGAGAUGAAACCGGAGGAGAGCAUUCAAGAUAUGUAUACAAGAUUGAAUGAUAUAGUCACCAAUCUCAAGGCUCUUGGUAAAGUCUAUCCCCUUCAAGAAGUGGUGAGGAAGGUACUUAAAAGCUUGCCCAAGAAUUGGGAAGCCAAGAAGACCACAAUUGAAGAGUCUAAGGAUCUCAAUAUGCUCAAGCUUGAAGAUCUCAUUAGAAAAUUGAUGACAUAUGAGAUAGAAGUUCAAGUUGAUGGUGGAGUUGAAGUAGUUGAGAAAAAGAAGAAGGAUGUUGCAUUCAAGGCUAGCAACCAAAAGGAAAAGAGUGAAGAUGAUGCUAAUGAUGGUGAAAACAUCUCCACCUUGAUCUCUAGAGAAGUGAGGAGAUUCAUGAAGAAGAAUAUCAAGAGCAAGCUUGCAAAAAGAGAUGAAGGAGAGUCUACCAAAAAGAGUGAAAUGCUAUGAGUGCAACAAGAUGGGGCACUAUAGAAAUGAAUGUCCCAAAUUGAAGAAGGGUGAGAAGAAAGACAAGAAGAGCAUGAAGAAGAAAGCUUUUGCCGCCACUUAGAGUGAUGAUGAGACUAGCUCAACAGAAAGUGAAAGCUCCUUGGAGAAAGGUGUUGCAAAUCUUUGCUUCAUGGCUCAAGAGGAUAGCAACAAUGAUGAGGAGGUAAACUCUAACUUUUCUAGUUCAAUUAAUGAAAGUUCCUUUGAGUA